AUGCUUGCUAUCGAUUUCUUCAGUCCCUUUGUUUGUCAGACUGUUGUGUAUCUGGACCAUCUAAAGCUCCCAUACCCCCACGCUGUCAGGGUGGCCUUGACGUGCUUUUUCGGCCCAGACUAUCGGCCAUCUUCGUUUGACGAGGUCUUCAGGGAAUGCUUCCUACCCCUCCAUCUUUAUAUGAUCAAACACCACAUCUCAAUAUUUUACGUGGUUGUUGGUCUCCACGGAUGCGAGGAAACCGAGACCAAGACGAAUCUGGGUUUCUUGCAGAAUCUAAUGGAGAGCGGUGGCGCAAAAGUCUUCAUCUCUGGUCGCGAAAGUCUGGGCGUUGCAAGCUACAUCAAACCUGUAGUCAAGAUCACCGUCUCUAAGGAAGAUACGCGCGAUGACAUCCGCAUUUUUAUCAACUAG